AUGGUAUUACCCGAAUUCAAGAAGCUUCUUGAUAAAUUAUCAGUUGAAUACCAACGCGUAUGCGAUGAGAAUGCCCAUCUUCGUCAAACAAAUGACAGAAUGAAGGAAGAGGUGCAGAAGCAGGCUGCUCUAUCGAUGUGCCCCUCUCAUAGCCCAAAUCAGAGCAGCUCAAAGAGUGUCCUUCGUGGCAGUGACUACGUUCUGAGGUGCAAGCCAAUCGUGAAACUGAAACUGAAAACCAGAAUCAGGUACAGGGCACCAAUCACGAACGUAGCAGGGGCCAGGACGGCCAGAGGCGUCUACUACGCAUUCACGUGCAAUGGGAAGAUCUUCCUCUACGAAAAUGGUAGAACUCAUCUGGUAACAAGGCAUCUGAUGGCUGAAUACAACCCAAUGACGAUGAUGGCCGAUUUGGAUGAUCGAACAAGGUGCUCCUACGCGUUUCUGGGAGAGAGCAUCGUCUGCUUCUUUCGGGGCGAAAUGGUCCAAUUCGACCUCGAUAGCAGGCAGAAGGUGACUGAGGUGGAAUACGCCGAUUUCGAGCCAAAUGAGGCGUAUUUCAGUCAGAAUGCAAUUUGCACCAGUGAAAGAAGGCUCUUUGUCUACUGCGGCGAGCGAAUCCACGAAUUCGACACGGAUCUCAGGCUGGUUCAGUCCCACAAGUGCAUCGAGGGCGUCUUUCAGAUCAGCUGCUUCGAGUCAGCCGUUCUCUUUCUGACCAGACACGGAAUUGGUCUCGUUGCCCAAAAUAAUGAGGUAUUUUAUGCAAAUACAAAACAAACAAAUUCCAUACUAUUCUGCUACAAGAAGACAGUUGGAUGCAUAAGCACGUCAGGCGUGAUAAAGGCGUACGUUCUGUCGACGAGCAACAAGUUGGAGCAGGUCGACCUCUUUACGAUGAAGAAUCAGCCUGUUUUGGACAUUGCUGAAUAUUUGGGUGGAUUUCUCAUUCUGAGCUGUACAGGCGGAGUCACCCACAUUUAUCACGUUGAUUCAAAGAAGGGGAUGAGGAUGGAGACGGAAGAGAAUGUGACUGGGCUGGCUGUGGUGGGGGAUGAGGUGGCCAUGGUCGAUGCUGGUGGCGAAUUGAAGAUAUUCACAGGGUGGAUGAUUCAGAGGGAGACUACGAAGAUAGUGCUGGGAGAGAGCAGGGGCUGCGACUGA